ACAGUCUUUAGACUCGGCAGUGAUGGAAGAGUGGGCCCUCCACUGUUGGCAUCAGUCUCCAGAGAGCGAGGAGCCUCCGACAUUUUGGUUGAGCCGCGAUUACCAGAUUCAGGCCGAGAUUAUGAAAAACGGCUUCUCUGGAUACGGAAGUCUUUUCACCAAAGAAGGAUUCCUGGAGCUGACCGCCCGCCUGCCCUACGUCAAAGUGGGACCUGUGAGAUUCAGCCAUAUCACCUACCUGAUGAUGGCCGUGGCCUGGCUGACGGUAGCACACGCCGUCAUGAGCUUCUACAGCUGUUCCAACGGUCAGUAUGAGUAUUACUGCCCAGAAGGUGAUGUGGAUUGUUUGGUUCAGUGGCUUGUUGAAGGCGACUGA